AUGCCGCAAUCUCCCUACGCCUCCAAGCGGGCUCCGAAGAGCUCUUUGAAAACUCCUCGCCCCGCCACUCCCGAGUCCCACUUACUGCGGCAACUCGAUAUCUCACCCAAGACCGCCAACCAACCAAAGAAACAGAGCAAUGGCCGACUCGAUAGAAAGAGACGAGCUUCUUCUUCCUCCGUCUCAAGCGUCUCCUCCGUGUCCUCGCUGGAAGAGUUGAGUGACGAGGCGGACGACUCGGAAGAUGAUGCGGACGAUGAGGAAGAUCGGCCGCUAGCCCAGGCCCCGUCUUACAGUCGCCGUCAAAACAGCGCCCGUAAGACGGGGCGCCAACCCGCCAAAAGCAAGCGAAGACGGGUUUCCGAUGAUGAAGAUUCCGAUGAUCACUUCAGCAGUGGUGCCAGUGAUUCGGAUGAGAGCUCGGAUGAUGUAUAUGCCGCAGUCGACUACAUCACUGAUGCUGAUGAUGAGGAGGGUGAUGUCGAGAAACUGGAGGAGCUCAUGAUCAUGGAAUCGGAGAAUGAGCACCGUGUUCUCCCCUCAUCCGAAGUUCCUGAUGGGCAGUGGCAUGGUUCCGCCGAAAUCUUUGGGGAUGCGAUGCUUCUCCCCGCUGCAUCUUUCUUUGAUGAGGAACAGCUCUACAGUGCCAUGGAUACUUUUGGAGAAACCGAUAUGGCUAGUGAAACCGUGGAGACUCCCGUGGCUCGUCGAGUUCACUUCGAGGAGCGAUCGGACUCCUCUUCGGACAGUGAAUCUCACACCGAUGAUGAGAUCCCUAGCGAUUUCCUUCAGCAGGAUUCUUUGGAUCCCCAGUUGCGUCGGAUGAUUGAAAACGACAAUGAAUACCACCGCAGUAAUCGCCGACAGUCUGAGGAGAUGUUCGGUGAUGCGGACUACGGCCAUGGAAAUAUCUACCAUGUCGAGUCUGACGGAACCUCCGAGGGCAGCUUGAGUGGAUACGAGACCGAUGACGGUGACACCACCGAUGAAGACCUGCCCCCGCCCGCAACGAUCACCCAUCCUCGUUCCCUCCUCCGCAGAGAUUCCACCGACUCCCUAGCUGCCACUGGUGAUGACAAAACUGAUAGCAUCCCCCGUCGCCGAGGCCCCAUUAUGGGAACCUUCGUGGCUGACCCUCACAAGCCUGUUGCUCUGGUUGACUGCACUGGCAAGCACCUCGUCAUUAUCCCGGCCUAUGCCUCUUCUCGACACGAUUGGCUGGACUCGGCUGCCAACAGCAUGCCUGGAACUGCCAACAACAGUCCUCGUCAAACCACCCUGCAACUGAUCGACGAGAGUGACACCGAUGCCCUCGCCUCCCCGAACCAGACCGACUUCAGCCCUAUGCUGGCAUCCAGUGCCAAUUUGAUGAUGACCGCUCUCGGCAAUGACCUCACCCCAGGUGGGCAGGUGAUGGGCCCCCCCGAGGCUUUUUACCCUUCGCAAGACUUUACCAUUGACAGCUCCUUUGAGGACGAUGACGACGAUGAUCCCGAGGCUGCUCUGAACGUGGAUGACUUCAUUGACUUUGGCAAUGGAUCCUCGGAUGAAGAAGACAACGGCAAUACUUUUGAAGACGAGGCCCUUAUUUCCCCAAUGGCCACGACUUCAGGCAUGCAAACUCUGGGUACCCCUACCCCCACUCGCAACCAGCAGCCGGCCAACAAAGAGGAGCGUUUCCUCAAUCACCUGGACAAGGGCAUUGUCACUGCUUUUCGUCGCAACCACAAUCGGUAUCAGGCAUUGCUCCGCCUCCCUCAACACCGAGAGUUCAUGCCUGCCAACUCUCCCUCACGGCCCGCGAGUGUGUUCCGCCAUGCCAAACAUACCGAUCAACGUACACCCACGCGGAAGCGUAAAGCGAGUGGUUAUGCGGGUGGCGAGGCGGUGCGGCGAAAGUUAAUGGACGCGCACCGCCGUACUCAGCUCCCGUUUUAA